GUUUGGUCUUUUCUGAUUGUAGGUAUAGUUAAUUUUGUUGUUAAUUAUUUAAUUUACGUUAUAAAUGGCUCCUAUUCGAAUUGUUUGAAUAUAUUAACACAAUAAAACCAUGGAAUUCCAUUAUACCGAUCUCGGUAUGCAAUCUGAGCAUAAUAUAAUGGAUGAUCAAUUCCAAACAAAAUAUUCACAACCAUAUAUUCUGCGAAACCAAGAGGCAGAAUAUGAGGUUCGAAGUACAGUACUUGUUGAUGGUGGUGACCGUUACGGUGUUUCAGCCACUGUAUUUGAUAAGUAUGAGGAAUUGGUAUGGAUGGGUAAUCAAGGGGGGCACGUAACAUCUUAUUAUGGACCAAACUUGCAAAAAUAUACAUCAUUCCAAAUUCAUCAAUCAGAGGAAGUAAGAGACAUUCUGACAUUAGAAAAAGGUAUAUAUUGUCUAACUAAAACAACAUUAAGACAUCAAAUAAGAAGAGGCAUACCUCAGCACACACAUAAAUCCUCGAAUAUGACAGAUAUGCAAUGUCUUUUUCAAGUAAACUCGCACAAGUUUUUAAUAGGUGGACACCAAGACAAACUUUUAGAAUUAGAUAUCAACAAGAUGACUGAAACUGUGAUAAAAGUACCAGCUGAUGGAUGUGCUGUGCUGCGGAGUGGAGGCGGCUCGUUAGUUGCAUGUGGCAGCGCAAGUGGCAUGGUGUCAUUACGAGAUAUACGAAACCCCGGUAAAGCGGAGCAUACGUUCAGAGCACACACAGCCUGUCUCUCCGACUUGGACAUGCAGGGGAAUCAUUUAAUUACAUGUGGAUUUACUCAAUCGGCAACCGUAGCAGUACCGGAACCGUAUGUAUUAGUAUGGGAUGUCAGACGAGUUAAAGGCAAAGCAGCUUGGUCAAUACCAACCGUGUCCCCACCGUUGUUAUUGCACUUUGUACCAGCUGUUUCCGGACGGGCUGUGGCUUUGGCUGGAGAUGGACAUGUUACUUUAUUCCAUGUUAAUGAAGCCCACGAGUCCGAGUACCAAUCUGUAUUUCAGGUGAAUACUCAAACUUCUCAAUGUAGUGUUAUGGACGUGUCUUCCACUAGUCAAGCUCUCGUAUUUGGCGAUCAGUCGGGACAUCUACAUCUGUUCUCGGCUCAGCAUAACCAUGAACCACACUUUAACAACUUUUCUAGGGCAACUGAAUUUGCAGACCCAGUGCCAGAACUUCCAGCUGUCGGUUUUAAUGAUUCAACAUUCCAUUUCUCAACCGUACCGUUAUCACCUCUCGCAUCCGGCUCGAGGUGGUUCAACGAGCUGCCUCCGGACUUCUUUAAGAAAACUUACAGAAAGCCAAAGCCUAUCGAUCCUGAAGUAUUAAAAACAAUGAAGAUGCAAGGUCCAAUCGGUUACGCACCGAAUCCAAAGACCCAUAGACGAAAUGAGAUGCCGUAUGUCGAAGAUAACCUAGAUAAUGUAAAAAAGAACGACGCUAGUAUUAGUAUACAGCCGAUACCUAGACAUUAUUUAAAAAUAGAAAUUCGAUUCAAUAAAUUGUUGCCAAAUGACGAAGACGUAGUUGUAAAUAAAACUGGCUUACCAGGCUUACAAUCGACUAUGCCUAAUUCAUACUGCAAUGCAAUGUUACAGGUACUAUAUUACAUGCCACCAUUGAAAGCUACACUACUGGCGCACACAUGCGCGAAGGAAUUUUGUCUCAGUUGCGAAUUAGGCUUCCUGUUCCGCACGCUGGACACGUCGGGCGGCGCGGCGUGCGAGGCGGGCAACUUCCUGCGCGCCUUCCGCACCGUGCCCGAGGCCGCCGCGCUCGGCCUCAUCCUGCCCGAGCGCGCCGAGCCGCGCGCAGACCUCGUCGCGCUCAUACAGAGUUGGAACCGCUUCAUUCUACACCAGAUACACUAUGAGAUACUAGAAACACGUAAAAAAGAAAAGGAAUUGACCUUCCUAGCACAAAAACCUAGUCCCCCCAAACCUCGAGUUAAUAAUACAAGACAAAUGAACGGACAGUACGAGUAUCAAUAUAAUAACGAUCUCGAGUUCUUGGGACCGUCGGAAUACGAAGAUGAGCUGGACGAGGAACAGUGGCGUAAUAAUCAUGAUGAGGGUACGGCCGUAACGAAUCAUGUUCAAAACGAAUGUAAGGAUGUGCAGAAUAAACAGCAAGGUGAUAACGAGGAAUCCGAGAUAUCGCAACUAUUCGCCAUUGGUCGGCAACAAGUCAACAAAUGCAUGAAGUGCAAUAAAGAGGAGGAGCGCGUGUCGGCGGCGCUGGCGUGCGCGCUGGUGUACGCGGCGGCGCGCGGCGGGUUCGCGGAGCUCGUGCGCGCGUCGCUGUGCGCGCGCCGCACCACGCCCGCCUGGUGCGAGCGCUGCGGGCGGUUCACGCCCACCGCGCAGCACGGCCGCGUGCUCAGGUUGCCACCAAUAUUGUCGAUCAAUUGCGGCGGUGUGAGUGCACAUGAAAAGGCUUACUGGGCGAAGGGUAUCCAAAAGGAUAUGCCUGAAACAUCGAAGAGAGCUGGAAUCAGUAAGCCAUGUCGUUAUGGAUUACACUGUGCGAGACCUGGCUGUCGAUUUAAACAUCCGGAGAGGUCAAUAUUAGCACCGCAGUGUCAUUCUCUAAAGAAUUCAACACAAGAGAGCAACUGUGUGUUACCGCAUCAAUUACACAUCCGACUGCAAUCUGAUGGCGAAGUUAUCAUAAAUGACAAGACUGAUUCAUCGACGGAUCGAUUACCUGAUUUAAACAAGCAUAAGAAGAAACCAGUCACCUUGAGAUCGGAGCAAGACUACCACCUGUCCGCGGUGGUCGUUUGUGUUGAAGAUAAUCCUAAGAAUUUAGUGUCGUACGUUCGGAUACCGGAUAAAAAGGACGAAGCUAAAUGGUUCUUGUUCAACGAUUUGAGCAUAGUCCAAGUGAGUCCGGACGAAGUCGUUCAAUUCAGCAGCUGGUGGAAGUCCCCGUGCGUCCUCUUCUACACGAGCUCGCGGGUGAUGCUUCCUAGCGACACUGAAACCUCAUAGCCGAUGCUUAUGUAUGGGCCGAACAAUCAGGGAUGCAAUGGCCCAUACGAAAUGAACGGUGUCAUCUACGAAGUACCAGCCGAAGAGACCUACUUAAUACGAUGAGCAUAUUAUAUAAAGUCUGACAGAAACUAAUAGUACGAAAUGUUAAGAAUAUUCUGGAAAUAGGUUAAUAGAUUAUAAAGUAAUUACUAGAAAAAUGGAGUAUAGCUUAUGAAGUAAUAAUUAUAUAGAUAACAUAUAUAUAGUUAAAAUGAAAACGAAGCAAAACCGCGAUUGGACGAUUUUGCCGAACUAAUUAUUACACGUUUGUGAUUUGUUGAUGACGUUAACAAAUAUUGCGUUUGUUAAUGUGAUAUUUUUAUAAGUACAGGACGAUGUUGAAUUCGCGGUUUAAUGAUAUUGUAUUUACUUUAUCCGCACUGAUUUAAAAAUAGAAUUAUAAUUGAUACUGUUACUUAAACAUCCAUAGUUUCGUUUACUACAAUAUAAUCAGUGGAUGACAAAACUUUAUUAUAAAAAUGACAAAUUUUCAUUUUACAAGUGACUUUUUCUGUAAAUAAUUCAUUAGAUAAUUAAUUAUCAGAUUCUAAUUAUUAAUUUUUACUUAAGCGUAACGAUAUCGCGUUGUCCGACCAAAUAUUUAGUGUAUUCAAAAAAAACACGCAUUCUCACGUGAGUUGAAUCUCAUAUGAUAAUAUUUGAGUAUUUAAAAAACAAUGAAUAUGAGUGUGGUUCAUUAUUGAGCUUAAUAUGGUGGUCGGUCAACGCAAAUAUUUACUUUAUUCAUAUGACAUUCAAUUAACAAAAUCGACAAAUAUACACAGAUACGUAUUUGUGUUCCUUACAAUAUUUGUACAGAUAAAACGAUAAUAAGCAAAUUGGUAAUGUGACAUUGUUUUGUUCAGACGAUAAAUGAAAAUACAUGUACAUACAUACAAAAUCAAGUUACACGAAAAUAUAGUGUCCGUAUAUGACGAUAGAGCAUGAUUUGGCGAAAUCAAAAGCACAUUGAAAACGCACUAGUUCGAAUCGCACUUUAAUUUUCAUAUAUAUACUCCAUUUUGCUAGUUUGAAAAUGGAUUUAAUCUGAGGUUAAACAGUUCGAAGAUGUUUUUUCGCGCUUCAGAUAAUUUAUUUUUUUAAGCAAAUUGUCGUCUCGGUAUAUAUUUUUAUACGGUCAUAACGCCUUUUAUAUGAAGCAAUAAACAUUUUAUAUAAACAAUAUGUUUUAUACCGAUAAACCGAGUCAACGGGAUUUGCUAAAAUAAAUAUUUUUUUAUUACACGAUGUAUACUAUUUGCGUGUGACUAUUUCGCCUCGGAGCGCUGAAUGUUUUUUAAAUUAUCGGUAAGUGAGAGUUCCAUUAAUCUAAGGCACAAAGAAUGGUAAUAUUUUUAAAUAUAAAUUAUUUAACGUAGGCAAGCUAGAAAUGCAUAAUUUUUUUUUUAUUUGUUAAAAAUAAUUGUUAUAUAUUUAAAGCCACGCGUUUUUAAAAGAGUACUUAAAAACUUUUCUAUGUCUUUGUCCAAUGAAAAAUUUGUGGUUUUUUUUUUUUAAGAAUUGAUAAAUACUUUUUUUACCAAUCGACAUAUCUUACGAGAUUCUAAAUUAAAUAACUCCUUCCAUUCAACAUUGAAUCUUCUGUCUCAUUCUAACGUAUUACAGAUUAUUUUUGAUAGAAAAGGAUGUCUGUACGUGAUUUACUGUUAACGUAAUGUAUGAAGAUAUGUAUAUAUGUCAAAAUUUGCAUCCAUUCUGCUUAAUAGUCUCAAUCCAUAUGAAUGAGACGCAAGAACUAUUUGUAGUAAUUGGCCUAAGAUACUAAAUUUGUUUAAACGUCAAUUAAACAUUAACGGCUUUAGUUAUAAAUGUUGUUUUAGGGAAUUAUUAGUAAAACAUGCUAUCUUCUUCUUAUGUAUGUAAAAUCAAUGAUGACAGAAAGAGAGAGAUCAGUGUAAAUAUAUAUAAAUAUCCUCUAAAUAAUGUUUACAAUUAAAGUCGUAAACGUCUGUUAGUAUUAUAUGUUUAUGGAAUAUGUUUCUAUCAACAUUAUCUUCGGUUGUGAUACCUCAAACCUUGCAUAAUUUUUUUUUUAUAUUUUUUUAUCGACUGAUUCGGUUUCCCGCUUGUGACGCUAUCAGUACAUUUUCACGUAUAAAUUAUUUUUCAACAUUUCCAUGGUGGCUGGUUAUUUUUUAUAAGAGAAAUAAAAUCUUAAAAUCUGAUUGA